AGUCCAAAAUUGCGGCUUGCACUGUCGUAGAAUGGAGGAGGUCACCGGCAGCAAUAACAAUAGAUAUGGACCUCCAACUCCCCCACCAUACAAUCCUCACGACUGUGAGCAGAAUUUAUACAAAGGAGAGACCUAUGCGGUGGGUAAAGGGGGCAUUGCAGUGGUGACCCCACCUGGCAUCUAUGAAAACAGAAUCCACUCGGAAGAACAAGCAGCAGCUGGUGACCGGCACCAAUUUGAACAACCGCCACCUGACUACGCUCAUGGAUUGGAGGACAGUGUUUUUGCGGAUUCUGCAAUACGGAGAGGUUUCAUAAGAAAAGUGUACCUGACCUUGAUGAUUCAGCUGCUGGUGACUGUCGGGAUCAUUUGUGCUUUUCUUUACUGGAACACUCUAAAGGAAUGGACAUUGACCAACACCUGGUUCUCCUAUGCCAUGAUGGGGAUGGUGACUGUACUCAUCGUGGUCUUGUCUUGCUGUGACAACAUUCGGCGUGGGGUCCCCCUCAAUUUCAUCACUCUAGGCCUAUUUACUAUUGCAGAGGGGUUAAUGCUGGGAUCCAUAGCAGUGUUCUUCUCCGCCGAAGCUGUUCUGUGGGCCGUGGGUGCGACAGCAUUAGUGUCCUUCUCCCUGAGUGUAUUUGCGAUGCAGUCAAAGUGGGACUUCACCAUGGCAAGUGGAAGCCUGUGGGUGUUUGGCUGGACUCUCUUUUCCUUUGCACUGCUCUGUGCAAUCCUCCGAUCACAGUUUGCGUACAUUGCUUACGCCUGCCUGGGCACCUUGCUGUUUUCCCUGUACCUGGUGUUUGAUACCCAGCGCAUCGUGGGCGGCAAGCACAGAAAAUACGAGAUCUCUCCUGAGGACAAGAUGGAUAGACUCUCUGCAAGCAGCACAACGCCAUUCAAUGGACGGUGGCAUGUCAACUUACGGUCGGCAUGUAAGUUAACAAACGUGAGUAACAUGUUAAAACGGAAAACUGAGUUGAUGCUGAGCAUGGAAGCACAUUAGUCUCGUCUUCAAGAGGUACAAGACAUUUCGACCUUGAAAAGUAAUAGCAUCAAACUAAUAUACCAAUUACUGAACCCAGUGGCAUGGUGGAUGACUGGUUAGCACGUCUGCCUCACAGUUUUGAGGACCGGCGUUCAAAUCCCCAGCCUCGCCUGUGUGAAGUUUGCAUGUUCUCCUCGUGUGUGUGUGUGUGGCUUUUCUUGAGGCAUUCUGUUUUUUUCCCCACACCCCCAAAACAUGCAUUCUAGUUUAAUUGAAGACUCUAAAUUGCCUAUAGGUGUGAAUGUGACUGCGAAUGUUUAUAUGCAUGCCGUGAUUGGCUGGCGGCCAAUUCAGGCCUCUCUCCCAAAGAUAGAGGAGAUUGCCUCUAGCAUCCCCGUGACCCUAGUGAAGAUAAACAGCAAUAGAAGAUGAAUGACUGAAUUACACAACCCCAGGCUAUUUUUCAGUCACGUGGUGUUCCAGUAGCUUGUAAAAUGUGAGCAGUGGAAAUUGUCAGGCCUUCUGGCCUUUCCAGCAAGAAAUGCUUAUUAAUGCCUUGCCGUGCAUAACGCCUUUAACCUUUGACUUAGCCACAUUCCAGAAACACAGCUUUAUGGUGGCACUCCAUGGUAUUCAAUGAUACAUUUGAAAAAAUUGUUUCAGUUUUAGGUACAGUGUAUCCUUCCUCUUUUAAAGGGGUCACAUGGAACAGAGUCAGUUAAGAUCGUCUACAUGUCUUGUAUUUUGGGGUAUUUAUUCCUGUAUAAUUUAGGUAAAAAAUGUUUGUGAGAUUAUAUCAUUGGUGUAUGCUAUUGAAUUUCUUUUUAGGUCCAUAUGAUGGAUUACUUUGGAGCCAAAAAUUUUGUGUGAUUCUUCUUCUAUGUAAUUUCUAAAUAAUAGAUUUUAUUAUUUUUCAAAGUCAAUCUGUUACCCGUAUUGCAAUAACUGAUGUGACACUCCCCGCUGUAAGUUAGGUGGGGACCUUUCUCGACUUUUUACCAUUGAUCUUCACAUGAGGGAGCAAACCAAUGUUUAUUUUUUUAUUGAGUUUAUGCGACUCACAUGGCUCAAGUCUGCUGCUCCCGACUCUCUUUGGUGCCGAGGAAAGUGCCGGUGUGGCAACUGAUCACGUAGUUUUGUAGAGUGUCAUUAUGAUCAACUACUGCAUUUAUUAAGUAUGCGCUUUCACACAGCUCCAGCGUGCCUGGCAUUAAUGGCUGCCAUGAAAUCGGUUGCCAAAUACAGCGUAUAGCCACUGACAUAUGAAGGCUCGUAUAUAAUAUGUUCAGAUAGAUUUUUUCCUGCAUGUCCUGAAGAAAACCUGGCACACUUAGAUGAAAAAUUUACUUUCAUUCAAAAGCCUGUCUUUGACACCAGAAUGAAUACUUUUUCAAUUAUAUAACUCCUGGAGAA